AUGACCAAGGUUCUUUUGACUGGUGGCUCCGGCUUCAUUGCCGCCCACAUCCUGGACCAACUCCUCGCCAAAAAGCACACUGUCGUGACAACAGUCCGCAGCGAGGCCAAAGCAGCCAAGAUCCGCGAGGCGUACCCGUCGCAGGCGGCCUCGGGCGAACUGUCGGUCGCUAUUGUCCCCGACAUUGCGCAGCCAGACGCCUUUGACGAGGUGGUCAAGACGACGCCUGGGUUGGAGGUGGUCUUGCAUACGGCCUCGCCGUUUCAUUUUAAUUUUACCGACCCCCAAAAAGAACUAAUUGCCCCCGCCCUCACCGGCACAACCUCCAUCCUCCGCGCCAUCACUGCCCACUCCCCCACCGUCCGCCGCGUCGUCGUAACCUCCUCCUUCGCCGCCAUCCUCGACGAAGCCCACCUCUCCGACCCCCAGCACACUUUCUCCGAACGCAGCUGGAACCCCAUCACCCUCGCCCAAAUCCACGACAGCCCGGCCUCAGCCUACCGCGCGAGUAAGACACUCGCCGAAAAGGCCGCGUGGGAUUUUGUGGAGAGGGAGAAGGAUAAGGUGCGGUUUGAUCUGGUGACGAUCAACCCGCCGAUGGUGUUUGGGCCGGUGGUGCAUUAUCUGGCGAGUUGGGAGGGGGUGAAUACGAGUAAUGCAAGGGUGGUGGAUGUGUUAAGGGGGAAGUGGAGGGAUGAGGUGCCGACGACGGGAGGGGCGAUUAUUUGGGUGGAUGUGAGAGAUGUGGCGGAGGCGCAUGUGAAGGCUGGGUUGGAGGUGAAGGAGGCCGGGGGGAAGAGGUUGUUUACGACGGCGGGGUUUUUUAGUAAUGCGGAACUGGGGCAGAUUGUGAGGAGGAGGUUUCCGGAGGAGGCGGAACGGGCGCCGAGGGAGGAUACCAAGGGUGGGGAGUUGCCUGAGGAGGGGAAGAGGUUUAAGUUUGAUAAUAAGGAGACGGAGAAGGUGUUGGGGAUUAAGUGGAGGGGGUUUGAGGAGUGCGUGGUUGAUACUGUGGUGAGUUUGAAGAAGAUUGGUGAGUAG